UCCUCUGCAGCUCUCUGCUCAAUAAGGGUGGUGUGUGUAGGCGACAAUGGCGACGGCGAGGUUGCUCCUCCUCCUGGCGGUGGCGGCAGCGGCGGGCUCGGCCUGCUUCUGCAGCGGCCAGCAAGCGACGCCUGCGCCGGCCACGCCCCCGCCCCCGCCCCCGCCGCCGCCGUACUGCGGCAGCGUAAGGAUGGCCGUGGAAGCGCACAACAUCGUCGGCUGGAAGACGGUGCCGGCGGAUUGCGCGGAGUACGUCGCCGACUACAUGUCCGGCGAGCGGUACGAACGCGACUCCGGCGUCGUCGUCGACCAGGCCAUCGCCUACGCGGAGAGCAUCAAGGUCUCCGGCAAGGGCAAGGAGAUCUGGAUCUUCGACGUCGACGAGACCGCUCUCUCCACCCUGCCCUACCAAGCCAAGCAUGGCUACGGAGCUCAGCCAUACGACCAGACGAGCUACCUCCAGUACGUAGCCGGGGAGAGUUCGCCGGCGCUGCAGGGGACACUGCGGCUGUACCGGCGGCUGCUUCAGCUCGGCAUCAAGCCGGUGUUCCUCACCGACCGCACCGACGACCAGAGCGCCGUCACCACCCACAACCUGCUCCAGCAGGGCUACUGCAGCUGGGAGAAGCUGCUGCUCCAGCCGGCCGGCCUCCAGACCUCCACGCAGGCGUUCAAGACCGGCGAGCGUCAGAAGCUGGUGGCCGCCGGCUACGCCAUCGUCGGCAACAUCGGCGACCAGUGGAGCGACAUCCUCGGCUCGCCGGAGGGCUGCCGCACCUUCAAGCUCCCAAACCCCAUGUAUUACGUUGCCUAACUGAUUGGUUGGUGGUGCCAUUGCUAGCUUGGCGAGCUAGCUAGAGUAUACAGUUUAUUGAUGGAUCCGUAACUUGCGUGUGUUUCAUAUUCUACGUGAUUCCUAUUCAUGAACUGUCUGAAGUAGUUAACAUGUAUGCUUGAUUUCUUACUUUGUUAGCUGUUGACGAGAUGAGAUUUAAAUAAAUUUGUAAUAGUGCUUGUUUCGCAGUUGGCCAUGGAUUGAAGGAUGUAUUAAUGUAUGUAUUUCAGCAAUAAAUAGUGGAA